AUGAAGGAACAUUUAGCCAGAAAAAGUGGCAACAUACUUCCUUGUGGGAAAGUCCCUCCUGAUGUACGGGCAUGCAUCAAAGAAUAUAUCACUAAAUCCACAUCUUCCAAAUCAAAAGAGAAGGAAUUAGUUAAAGAAGCAUAUGAAGAAGUAGAAGAGGUUGAUGAACAAGACUUAAAUCCUACCAUGAAAUUUGGAAAAAGGAAAGCAAAAGGCUUUCUAGAAAAUUUUAUAACAUCAAAGCCAAAUCCACUAUCUCAACCAGGGCUCAAGAGUGCAAUGGCAACCAAGCAAGCAAUCCAUAAGGCAGAUAUGGAAUUUGCUAUGUGGUGUUUUGAUGCUUGCAUUUCUUUUAAUGCUAUGCGGUCACCUUAUUUUCAACAAAUGUUAGAUGCUAUUGGGAGUAUUGAUAUUUUGAAAGAUGCCACCAAUUUAUGCAAUUUAUUCAUAGAGAUUAUUGAGUGGGUUGGACCAGAUAAUGUGGUUCAUUUGGUGACCGAUAAUGCAAGCAAUUAUGUUGUUGUGGGAAGGUUAAUUCAUGAAAAAUAUGAUCACAUCAAUUGGUUUCCUUGUGCUGCACAUUGUUUGAAUUUGAUUCUGAAAGAUAUUGGCAAAAUAGAUCAUGUAGCAGAGCUUGUAUCACGUGCUUCCAAGAUUGCACCUCCCAUCAUUAGGCUUUUACUUGUUGUUGAUGCUGAUGAGAAACCUUCACUUGGUUAUGUUUAUGAAGGCUUGAUCAGGAUUCGGAAAGCAAUCAUAUCCAUCUUCAGAAACAAGUCUACAAUGUAUGCUGCUUAUUUUUUUAAUCCCGCUUUUCUCUAUGAUAAAGAAGCAUUUUUUGAGACUCCAGAAGUGUUGCAAGGCUUGUUAGAUUUACUUGAAAAGAGAAGUGUAUGCAGUGAUAGUGCAAAGGCAUUGAGGGAAAUUAGAUUUUACCGGGAUCGAUUGGAAAGUUUUAGUCGUGAAUCAGCUUUUUCUUCCGCUAAUAAAAUGCAACCCGAUGAAUGGUGGAGGUUGUUUGGAUAUAGCGCUCCUCAGUUGCAAAAAGUUACUAUUCGACUCCUCAGUCAAACAGCAUCUUCUUCAGGAUGUGAGCGCAAUUGGAGUGUUUUUGAGCGAAUUCACACCAAAAAAAGAAAUAGAUUGGAGCAUCAAAGGCUUAGUGAUCUUGUAUUUGUGAAUUAUAAUCUUCGUCUUAAGUGCAGGCAUCAAUACAAAAAGAGAAGUUAUGAUUCGGAUGAUUAUGAUUGCAUUGAUAAAACAGACUUAUGGAUAGUUGAAGAAGAAGAAGAAGCAGAAUUAGUAGAUGGAGAUAUGGUAGAAGAAAUAUAUGGAGAAGAUGCUAUUCCAACUUUGGAAGAAAGACACAAUCAAGAUGAUGUGGAUAUGAAUGAAGAAGAAGUGGAUAUUGAAUUAUUUGGUCAUGCAAGCUAUGAUGAUGCAUUUGAUCAACAAGAAUACUUGGGGCAAAGAGAUGACAAUGAGAGUUGGCCACAACAUCAACCAUGA